AUGGAUCCACUACUCGAAGAAGACGAAACCGAUCAGACUGGCUCAACGAUUCAAAGAGCUGUCAAUCCGCUUGAUUCUCGGCAAAUAGAAGCCAUUCCCCGACCAGAGAAACUACCUCCACCUCUUCCAUCACUGAAAGCUGGAGACGAAACGGUCUCGGGGAGGGACGAGCCACUGGUGGAUGAAAUCGCUUGUGCUUUGAGAGAGUGGUAUACGUUACUUUUUGUUCAUCUCAACAAAAGGCAAUACCGACUGUUUCAUAUCAUGAAAGAACAUAUCGAGGCCCUUCAUAUGGGUCGUAGGCAAUUGCUAGCUCAGACUCUCAGCACAGAAGAAGCGGCUAAACUACGACACGAUCUUGUCAACCGGCUCGUAUACGGGAAUCUUGUCCAGGAUCUAGAUAUUAUUGUUCGACAUCCUGACUAUGGAGCCUUGGUUGAUACUGAAGUCGAUUUCGAAGCAGUCGAUUCAAGGUCUUGGAUGUCGGCAAUUCGAAUGUACGUUUGGCAAGUCAAGCUGGCGUAUCUAAGUCAAACUCUUUCACUCGACCGUGGUUUUGUCAAUGGGCCUCUCAAUCUCCCAGAUCCGCUGGCCAACAAUGCGAUUUCCUCAAUGUCAAACAAUAACCAAUCCAAACUUAGCACUCGACCCAAGUUUUAUCACGUCAUGAUCGACGUCAAAUCCGUUUCAGUCGGUCCUUGCGCGGUUGGGGAAACGAUGGAACUCUACUUUUCCUUGUACAACAAGAGCGAGAGUAGGUUCUUGACAGAAGAGUUUUGCGUGAUUCUCAAUCAUCUAGGCCUGCCUAUUCGAACCAAGUCGAAACACUCACCAAAUAUCGCCGGAGGUGCGGAUGACAUCUCGAUCAAACUUACGGCUUCAAACUUGAUCUCGGUGAGGACCAUGUUCAAGGAUCUCAGUCAACACGAUGUACAAGAUUCGAUAUUUUUAGUCUGUCGUAUCGUCAAGAACGGUGGAAUGAAGAGUACCACCAACAAUCAGCCUCCUCUAUCUGCCAGUGGUAGUAUUCCCGACGGUGCUUCGUCCAACAUUUUAUCACCGGGUGUCUACGAAGGUGACUCGGCAUCAGCAACAGCAUCUUUUGAAGAAGCUAUGUCACCGACUUAUGAAGGAGCUCACUCACCCCAAUACGCAUUACCGGACUCAAAUGGUGAAUAUAGUGGGAUGACUUUCUACCAGCCUCGAUUAGGCACUCAAUCCAUCAGACGACCUUUCGGUUGUGCUGUGGUUGAAAUUAGCUCAUAUACAUCUCACUCGAAUCAGGCCUCAGGCUCAUCUGGCCCAUCUCUUCCAAAGAUUACAUCCGGCGGAACUUUGGGCUCUGGCAUUAUGGAAAGUCCUGUAUCUUACUAUCACAUGAAUAUCUUCUCGCCGGUGAAUGAAGCUAGCUUUCCUACUUUACACGAGGAUAUCAUUGCUUCCCGCGUCAAGGAGUUUUUCGGUACCGGUCAUUUCAGUAGCAAAAAUCAAGGUUCAUACUUGAGUGGUUCAAAGAAUGAGUCGAUCGCAAUCGAACUACGCACGUUUUACGGUGACACCACUUCCAUCAUCAAGGAAAACGGCGCACGGUUGAGCGACAUCCCACUGACAUCAAGAUUGGGGUUUCCUGAUGUGGUAUUUCCGGAUGACUCCAGAAACGAGAUCUACGUCAAGCUUUGGUCGGGCGAUUUCUCCUAUUUCCAUCCUGGAUCAUCGAAGAUCAUCACUGCCACCGCGUCCGGCAAAAAUAUCGAAGUCGCAGCUGAAUUGAGGACCAAGACCGGACUUGUAUUGGAACGAGUGAUUUCCCGAGGAUCAGGCGAGCCGAAAGUGACAAGGUACAAUUCCAUGGUUUAUAAAAACAACCAGACCCCGACUUGGGGUGAAUUGAUGAAAUUGGACAUCUCUUCCGACGUCAUUGAGGACUGUCACCUCUUCUUUACAUUCCGAAAUAGACAAGACAAGAACAAUCGAAAUCACACGACAGGCAACAUCGACAAGCCCUUCGCAUUCGCUUUCUUACCUCUUUUUUCCACCAAUCAAACUUUCAUCCCCGAUGGUGAACAUAACCUAGCAUUAUUCAAGUAUGACCGACAGAGCGCCACACCCGAAGUAUAUUGCCGCGUAAACUCUUCGCUCGAGGCAGGACAAACUGCCCCAGACAUUACACCGGCUCUGAGCAAGCUUCUGAUCCCACUGAGAGAUGCUUUUGUCGUUCGAUCAUUCCUCUGCUCGACCCAGCAUACUCAAAAUGAAGUCCUCCUCAAGCUUAUCAAGUGGGAGCGUCUUCUUGAUCAGCCGCAAUCAUUACAGGAAACAUUGACUAAACUCAAGUUUGCUUCUGAGGUUGAGAUUUGCAAAUUCUUACGAAAUAUCUUCGAUGCGCUGUUUGGCGUGCUGGUCUCAAGAGUCAAUGCCGAAACCAAAGAAUACAACGAUCUUGUAUUCAACGCAUUGGUAACUCUACUAGGGAUCGUUUCUGAUCGACGGUUCACGAACUUCAAGCCCGUAGUUGAUCUGUACAUCGAUCAACACUUCGCCUGCACAACCGCCUCGACCCAUCUUAUUCGAUCUCUUCAAUCUCUUCUCUCAAACCCAACAUCUCCGCAGAACGCGCAGCCGCUUCGGUCGAGCAUCAAGGUCUGGGGAUACCUUUUGCGAUUUAUCAUCAGGUCUCGAGAACUUCAGCGCGGCAAAGAUCUUACCUCAGGAGGACUUACUUCAGAUGUGAUUGAGACGAAAUUCAAGCAUGAAAUCACCUCAGUCUUGAAUCAAAUCACCGCCUUGAUGUCUCUCAAUUCGAGUACUGUGAUUGGUACUCAGACUUUGGCAGUACAGCACUUCGCCGCUUUGUUACCAGAAUUAGGCAAAGUCUGCGGACCGCACGAGCUUCUUGAGAAAGCCAAUAGUUUUGUUGAAUCGAUUUCGGCCACAAAAGGUAAAAUUGUGAUAUGGAAAUUAUUAUUACAGGAGCAUAUCAUCAUGAGUCAUAUCUUUGAUUUGCCUGAUUGUCGAGUACAAUUGAUUCCUAAAUUGACAGCUUGGGUCAAACCUCACCUUGGCGAAUUCGAAGAAUACACGAUGAUCAAGGCCAAGGACACUGAUUCGACCAAGGAUUCUGCUAGAGUGAGCUGGCUUGAAGGUAUCCGGAUUUCCACAUCACUCAUAGCCGUUGCUUUGGACAAGCUACACGAGGCUUUAAUUGAUCCUCACACCAACCAAGACCGAACAGCCUUGGCUCAGGAAGAAGACAAUGUCGAAUAUCUCCUCAUGUUACUUCCAAAGUUGCUGGAUUCUUUUACCGAACUUGAGAACCCGGCGAAUAUCGAGGCAGUCCAAAGACUUGGAACUACGGCCUCAGUCAUCAGUCCGGUUCCCAUUGUUUUCCCGGCAUCCUACCCAUUCUCCUUGUUGAGUUCUUUGCCCACGAAACCCACUUUUGGCUCCAAUCAUCCAAAUCAGUCACAAAGUGUUCCGUCCACCCAAAACGGUCUUGGGGAAAUUGCGGCCGUGAUGGUGACGAUGAUUCUUCUUUCGCCUGAUCGGUUGCUGUCGAGCUUUUUGGAAGUAAUGCUUGAAGUCGAAGGCAAACAAAACCUGACCGCAUUCCUUUCAAAACUAUUCAAAGUCUUUCAUUCAAUCCUGAAGAAUAAGGUAUUCCCGGCAAAUUGGCUCAACAUUAAUAUCUUGUCACAUAAGACCAGUCUUAAACUGGUUCGAGUCGUUGCAAGGCUAAUGGAACGAGAGUUUAUCCCUCCAUUUGCCACUUUGAACCGAACGCCUGUGUCGGGUGAUCCCACUUCAGAUCCGAAUCGAGUCUUCAAUUCGGAACUCUGGUCAGACUUUUUUGUUCUUCUCCACGGUUUACUUUCUAGUCAACACUUAGUCAUAGAAGAAUACCCACCUCAGAAACGAAGAGCCGUUUGGAAGUUGGCCGGCGAUGUGAGGGGUGAAGGAUCCAAGCUCUUAAAACGAUGUUGGGAAGCUAUUGGAUCUCAAAGUUUGAAGGCUGGAGACGAUACAACAACCUGUGGCGGUUAUCAAAUCCAAUUCAUUCCUGGUAUCGUUGAACUCGUCUUAGAACUGUGCUUGUCGCACCACGACGAAAUGAGAACAAAUGCAGUAACAAUGUUGUACAGUAUCAUGAUCACUGAAUAUCAAGCCAAUCGAGAUCUCACGGUGGUUACCGAUGAGAUUAUAGAUAAGUUAGAUAGCUUACUUGGAAAUUCGCCUAGCAGUCAGAACGACGAAAUGUCACGUGCUUUUUUUGUUGGACAAUUACAAUCUCUUUUCGAAUCGGAUCCGAUUGAUGAACAUUUACAGAAACAGGUGGAGACUUUUAUGCAGUCUACGAACCAAUUCUUGGAAUUGUUGCUUAGCAUUCGAAAUCUACCACCCGGUGACGAGUUUAUUGACGAUCGGGUCAUCGGGACGCUCAAGUUGAUGUCCUUCAUCCGUAAUAUUGGACGAAGCGGGAUUUAUAUCCACUAUGUCCACAAGCUUGUCAACUUUCAUGCAAGCUGUGGUAAUUAUGUUGAAGCAGGUCUCGCGAUGCGACUGCAUUCCGAUCUUCAUAGCUGGGACUUGGAAACCGUGGUGGAAGCCAUGCCAGAGCUUGCGCUUCCCAAACAAACAGCAUUCAGGCGAAAAGAAAGCGGUAUUCAGAUAUGUAAAGAACUGCAGGAGCAGUACGAACAUGUCUCCUUUGACUACGAGCGACUCUCCGAAGUUCUGGCCCACCAAUCUUCACUCUAUCAGAAGAUAGUCAAAUCGGAACGUUACUUUAGCGAGUAUUUUAGAGUUGCAUUUUAUGGUCUAGGUUUCCCACCGAGUGUGCAGAACCGUCAAUUCGUUUAUCGAGGGUAUGAGUUUGAGAAAUAUGCAGAAUUUUGCGAUCGAAUGAAUAACAAACAUCCGAAUGCACAAAUCAUCCGAGCCAAUGUAGUAUCAAGUGAUGAGUUGCAGUAUGCCGAAGGACAGUAUUUACACAUCACCAAGGUUCAAGCUGAACCUGAUCGAAAUUCGAUCAUCUUUACCAAUCUCGAAGUCCCGAAUGCCGUUCGACAAUACUAUGAAAACAAUGCGACUAACACUUUCAGUUAUACACGUCCGUUUAGCAAGGAAGAGAUGCCUAAUUUGGAUCCGGUGAUGAUGUGGGUUGAAAAAACCUUUUUGGUCUGUGAAGACGCAUUCCCUACGGUACUCCAACGUUCAGAGGUGUUAGAGAUCAGGUUUUUGGAGAUCUCACCCAUCGAAAAUGCGAUUCUGAUCACCGAUCAGAAAACAAGAGAGCUCGAUACACUUCAGCGGCGUUAUCUCGCCCUCAGUAAGACCGGUGGUACGAAACUGAACACCAAUCCACUGUCAAUGGCGCUCAAUGGUGCCUACCUCGCUCAAAAUCCUGAUCAACAGGAGACUGUGCUUCUAUUACGACAGGCAAUCGACAAUCAGACCGCUGUGAUUGAUGAAGGCCUGAAACUCCAUCAAGCACUUUGUCCACCUGAGAUGAAAACAUUUCAUUCCACCUUAUAUAGAUGUAGGCUACAUGAUUAUAUUCAACAACCGCUAGUCAUAAGAAUUUGGAACUAA